AUGAUCCCAUACAUUGGAGAGGAGAGCCUUGAGGCAAGGAGAUUAGAAAACUUAACUCACACAUCUGCAUUGACCCAGGGGCUGGAGCGUAUCCCUGACCAGCUGGGCUACUUGGUACUGAGUGAAGGAGCAGUGCUGGCGUCAUCUGGUGAUUUGGAGAAUGAUGAACAAGCAGCUGGUGCAAUCUCUGAGCUAGUGAGCACAGCCUGUGGUUUCCGGUUGUAUCGUGGCCUUGACAUGCCCUUCAAGCGCUUGUCUGUGGUCUUCGGGGAACACACGUUGUUGGUGACUGUGUCUGGACAGAAGGUGUUUGUGGUGAAAAGACAGAAUCACAGCCGUGAACCCAUCAAUGUCUGAGACUACAGGGGAUUGGAGGGGAAGGUUGAGAGUAUCUCUGUAAGCUUACUGCUUUUCCACAUACCUGAUUUUACCAAUUCCCCUAAUAGAAACUAGGCAUUCUGCCUUGUCUUCAUCUCUUUUCCCCAUCCCUGCUCAGUGAAGCAGAGGGUUGGGUUUUUUUCUCAGUGUUAAAGGGGAUCAGGGCAGGGACACUCUCCCUUCUUUCCAAUAAACAUGGUGUCUGACACUAGUACCCUUGA